ACUUUCGACAUCAAAUAUAAACAACAUCACCGCGAUGGCGAGCAAUAAAACGAAGAAAAAGCAUGAAGUUAUUCGUUCCACGCUCGGAAAUUACCUGAAACAACGAAAUUACUCGCUCGCCCGUUUCCACAGCGCCAACGUUGAACGCCGCACACAAAGUGACUUUUUGCUCGAAACCACGACGCGGGACCAAAUAAUCAUGAAUGAAACAAUCAAAAAUGAGAUUUCGCGUGCCAAUUCUUUUUUAUACUCGAACGUUUUCUGCCUGAACAACAAUCCGGCGCAAGUUGACAAGGAAUUUCGGAAGUUGCAGAGUUUCAUAAUGGCACAAAAGACGUCGUUGCGGCGGGAAUUGCUCGGGUUGUUGCCGCCGUUGUUGUGUCAUUUGUACAUCGAGAUGCUCAAGGGACGCGAUUGGAAGCCGGCAAUUGAGUUUUUGAAAAAAUACGCGAAUAUUUUGGGGACCCUCGAGCCAUCAGCUGCCACGCAAUUUACCAAGGUCAAUGGCACGAUGGAGGAAACGGCAGCGAAUGUGGUGCCUCUUGCGUAUUCCGUGGACCAGGAAAAUCCGGAUUUGGCGGCGUUUCGACAACUGGUUACCACUUUGAGCAGUAUUACGUGCAUCCAGGAUAUCGAGAAUGACAUUCAGGCGGCGCACUUUCGUUCCUGCAAAUACCAAAUUCGGAUGAGUGACCGAACGUUGCUCGCUCUGAGGCGUUAUUUGUCGAAAGAUGCGCACGUUUUGAUUCUGCAAAUCCUCCAAAUUUGGAUCGACAUCGAUACGAGUGACGAUAAAUCGUCGGAGGCGGAAGAUGAGCCCGCUCCCGAUGACUCUGGCAGCAUUUUGCAUCACAACAGUCUCAAUGGCUUCAGUAGCUCCGCCCUCGAUGACCUUCACGAAACGGACAUUAGCAAAUUUACGAAUCUCCUGGCAUCGCCAAAGCCUGCCACGAAACGCGACGAACCCAAAGACCCAACCGAAACAGAAUACUCACAAAAACCGAUGGAUGUCGAUCAAGCCAGUUCCUCGGCGGGGGCGGGGGCGGCGACGUUGCUCGGUGACGAAACGAAAGCCCUUGCUGCGACCCGUCUCCAAAAUCUCGCCGGAAUUACGGAAAAAGUUGCGGCCCAUCAACUACCGAUGCAGGUUUUUGCCGUGCAAAACGCCAAUGAAGUGCUUUGCACGGGAAAUUUGGAUGCCAUGAAUUGUCAUUUUGCCUGCGGGCUCGAGGAUGCCGGCGUGAUGCUUUGGUCCAGUGAUGGGAGUGAACAAGCGGGGCGGAAACCUUAUGGGAAAUCGACGACGAGGCAGUGCGGAUGGCAUGUGACGAGUGUGCAGGAUCCGGAAGACGAAAUGUCGAGUGAUGAUGAGGAGGAAAUUCAGAGUGCGAAACAGAAGAAAAUUCGGGAGACGCGGUACGAGAGGGAAAGGGAACGAUUUUGGGGGAAGCGGAGUAGGCAGAAUGUGUUUGACGAUUACGGUGCAUUUACCUUCCGAGGCCACAGCAGCGGCAUAACUGAUCUCCUAUUCUCACAAUUUAGCGAAUUACUGAUAACGACGUCACGUGACCUGACAAUGCGUGCCUGGCGCGCCACAGAUUACAGUUGCGGAGCCGUGUAUCGCGGGCACAAUUACCCGAUUUGGUGCGUGGCGGAAAGUGCGACCGAUUUGUACCUUGCAACGGGCUCUCGUGACAGCACGGCACGACUUUGGUCAACCACGAGGGAAUUUCCGUUGCAAAUUUACGCCGGGCACACACAAGAUGUCACCGCAAUCGCAUUCCAUCCAAAUGGCAAAUACCUCGCGACGGGUUCCGUUGACCAAACGAUCCGGCUGUGGUGCAUCACGAGCGGCAAAUUGCUCCGAGUACUCACAGACUGCCGAUUGCCGGUGCACAAAAUCGCUUUUAGUCCGAAUGGCAAGUGGCUAGCUGCCGCGGGCGAAGAAUCGCGAGUGAGGAUUUUCGAUUUGGCGACAAGUUCGCAACUUUACGAGCUGAAAGACCAUCCGAGUGCCGUGAGUGACGUCGUUUGGCAUGCGGAUAAUCAGAAAUUGGCAACGGCGACAACGAGUGGCGUCAUUCGGCUGUAUAACGUGGGGGAUUUCGAGAGUGGGGCAACGUCGAGCGACACAAAGACCGGGGGAGGAGCAACUUUGUUGAAUCAGUAUGGCACGCAGUGCAAACGAGUCGUUAGGAUAAAAUUUAAUGGGGAUGGCAGUUUAACGUGUAUCGGGAGUGUGUAGAUCGUGCGCCGCCGAUCGCUUUGUUGAAUUUUUAAUGUUUAAUAAA